AUGUCCAAGGUUCUCUCCCUCACCACUCUCCUGGUCGCCGCGGCUUCCCUCGCCAGCGCCUCGCCCGCGGCGCCCGCGCUCCUGCAGUCGCGCCAGUCGUGCGUCGAGGGCAAGACCAAGAUCUGCUACGGCGUCAACGGCGGCACCUCGCAAGGCCUCGACGUCGAGGAGCUCGAGUACCUGGCCGCGUACCUGCGCUUCGUGGGCCAAAGCAACACGGGCAUCAACGCCUUCUACCAGAUGCCGACCAGCAAUACGUGCCAGGAGUGGGCUAUCCCCCUGCCCGAGGGCGCUACGACUUUGGUGCUCGCUAAGCACGUCUCGCCCUUUGUCAAGUCGGCCGUGCUAUAUGAGGAUAUUGCCAGCACUAUUGACGGCGGCGAGGGCGCUACCGACGCCCAGCGUGCCGCCGCGCUUAUGGGCUGCGCCGUCAACGGCGGGCAGAUGGGCGUCGCCGUCAACACCAAGCACGAGGCCUACGCCUCUGCCGAGUUCAAGGCCAGCAAGGCCAAGGCGGACGGCGUCGUCAUCAAGCUCGUCAAGGUUCCUGCAGCCGUCUGA